AUGGACAAAAAUUGUGAAAAAGUGUGUGCGUGGUUAAGUGAGGUUGAGGAUGAUUACGCGUUAUUUGAUUCCGAUGAUACCGAUGCCGAUUCUGACUUUUGUAUUGAAAAUGUGGCAAGUGAUAGUGAUGAAAGCACCGAUCAAACUACAUCAAAUGUACGUCGUCGAUCACCUUCUCUUUCAGGUGAAAAUAUUACUAUAUUUUCCGAACCAGAGUUUUUCUUAGGGAAAGAUAAAAUAACUAAAUGGUAUAAAAAUAACCCCCCUUCUAACGUCCGUACUCGUCGUCAUAAUAUUGUUUUGCAUUUGCCCGGAGUGAAAAGAAUCGCUAGAGAUGCCAAAUCAGUCUUAGAUUGCUGGAAGUUAUUUUUUCCUGAUACUGUUGUUAUAGAUAUAGUUGAGUGUACUAAUAAAUAUUUAGCGAAAAUCCGUGCAAAUUAUCAAAAUAAUAAGAAUGUGCGUGAUACUACGAAAGAAGAAAUAGAUGCCCUUUUAGGAUUAUUGUACUUGGCUGGGUAUUUGCGUAGCAAUCAUUUGAACCUACACGAUUUGUGGAGAACUGACGGGUUUUCUCCUGAAUAUUUCCGGGCAGUCAUGUCAGAAAAACGUUUUUCCUUAUUACUUCGAGCUGUUAGAUUUGAUGAUAUUGAAACAAGGAACGUUAGAAGAGCAAUAGACAAGCUAGCACCUAUUCGUGCAGUUUUCGAUGAUUUUGUUCGCCGAUGUAAAGAAAAUUAUACUGUAGGAGAGAAUUGCACUAUAGAUGAAAUGCUAGAAGGGUUUCGAGGGCGUUGCAGUUUUCGACAAUAUAUACCAAAUAAGCCAAAUAAAUACGGUAUCAAAAUUCAAGCACUCGUUGAUUCUCGUACAUUUUAUACGUCUAAUAUGGAGGUUUACGUAGGAACUCAGCCAGAUGGCCCUUUCAAAUGUGACAAUUCUCCGUCAAGUAUUGUAAAACGACUAAUAUUAGCGCCGAUAUCAAAAACUGGCCGCAAUAUUACAAUGGACAAUUGGUACAAUUCAAUUCCAUUGGCUAAUGAGUUACUAAAAAAUCAUAAUCUUACCGUAGUGGGCACUUUGAGAAAAAACAAAAGGGAAAUUCCACCGGUUUUUUUAGAAACUAAAAAAAGAGAAGUAAAUUCGACUUUGUUUGGAUAUGGAAAAGACCUUUUACUUACAUCCUAUACUCCAAACAAAAAUAAAAAUGUCAUUAUGAUAUCAAGUAUGCAUGAUCAAGGUAUCAUUGACCCGGAAUCCGGUGACCAAAAAAAACCAGAAGUCAUAACGUACUAUAAUGGUACUAAAGGUGGAGUGGAUGUAGUAGACGAAAUGAAAGGCGAGUACUCGGUGGCAAGAAUUAGUUGUCGAUGGCCCCUAACUAUUUUUUUUUCAUUGAUGAAUAUUGCUGGGAUAAACAGUCAAAUUAUAUAUCGCGAAAAUACAGAUAAAAUGAUAACUCGUCGAGAAUAUUUGAAAACUUUGGGACAAGAGCUCACUAAACCUUACAUGGUAAAACGUCUUGAACAGCCAUGUUUAUCAUUUCUUCUUCGACAACAAAUAAUAAAAAUGACUGGAUGUACUUCACAAAAUAAUAAAGAAAGUCCGAAUCCAGAUGUUUCGACAAGUGAUCAACGAAUCAGAUGUAAUUUUUGUCCAAUCAGAAAAAAUCGCUUUACAAAGGUCAGUUGUUCGUUAUGUGGUGUGUAUAUAUGUAAAGAACAUACUACUCCUACUUGUCCGACAUGCAACACCGUGAAAGAAAACUCGGAAAAUUCUAACGAUGAGUUAUAA